AUGCCGGAGAUGAGAGUGCGACGAUCCAAGAAAGAGGACAAAAAUACGAUAACGUGGCGAAAUGGUCCAGAACUGGGAAUGGGUGUACGCAUGGGUUCACUGACCCAUCCUUCCCAGCAUCAUUGGCCUUUGGCGCGGACAUGGACGUUGAUGCUCCUCCUGGUAACCUGCCUGCUCUACUGGGCCAGGAUGGCUAUGCCAAUCUGUGCGGUUACCAUGGCAACAGAAUUCCGGUGGAGCAAGACACAGUCAGGUGUGGUGCUAGGCUCCUUCUUCUGGGGCUACUGCUUCACCCAAGUCCUUGGAGGGUAUGCCAGUGAUAGGAUUGGUGGAGAGAGGGUCCUGCUGUUGUCCACCUCUGCUUGGGCUGCAAUGACAGCUAUCACACCGGCUCUAGCCAAUCUAGGCAGUCAGCCACUCGUCACCAUGACAUUAGCCAGGUUCCUCAUGGGUGUCCUUCAAGGCGUUCACUAUCCUUCCUUGACAAGCAUCUGUGCGCAGCGUGUUGUGGAGGGAGAGAGAGGAUUCCUUACUAGUGCGUUAGGCUGUGGUUGCUACCUUGGGAUGCUGUUAGUGGGUUGGAUAGGGUCACUGAUGCUGGAGUGGUAUGGCUGGAAGAGUGUGUUCUAUGGUGCCGGGCUUCUCUCAGGGAUCUGGGCCUACAGCAUAUGGAGAUUUCUGCUACAAGGUCCACUUUUCUCACUGGAAUUGCUCUGUUCUAAUUGUGUGGCUCAAACAAGACCUUUGAAUACUAAAUGGAUGAAUUUAUUUAAACAUCCUUGUGUUUGGGCCAUGGGCUUUGCCCACCUUUGCUUCAACAGUUCAUAUUUCUGUCUGAUGUCAUGGCUGCCAACCUUCUUCAAAGAAACAUUCCCUCAAGCAAAAGGUUGGGUGUUCAAUGUGAUUCCUUGGUUAGUAGCCAUUCCCUCAUCGCUAUUUGGAGGUUCUGUAUCCGACUACCUCAUCAAAAACGGCUUUGCAGUAGUGGUUGUGAGAAAGUCGAUGCAGUUCUGCGCCAUGGGAAUUGGCAGUGUGUUUAUCUUUCUACUCAGUAAGACAGACUCCUUCUUCACCGCAAUGAUCUGUGUUUCCACUGCUGUAGGUCUGUCCACUUUCAACAACAGUGGUGUGGGAGUCAACGUUCAUGACCUUGCCCCAUCAUGUGCUGGAGCGUUGUUUGGAGUUAUGAAUACAUGUGCUGCUUUCACAGGUCUGUUAGUGGUUUACAUCUCAGGAUAUCUGAUUGAAGUCACAGGCUCCUGGACUGCGGUGUUCUCCCUACUUUUUUGGAUAAAUAUUUUGGGCUUUGUAACCUUUCUUGUGUUUGGAAAGGCACAGCGUGUUGACCAGGACCAUCAAUCCCAUGUUACAAAUAGCUAA